CGCCGUUAAAACUCAUUGAAGAAGAAGUAAAGCCUCGCUUCCCCCGCCCAUAGCGUAACAUGGUAACGUCAUUGCUUGGAGAAAAAAAAUACAUUUUUCGGGAGGCGGAAUUUGUUAUUUGCUAAUAUUGAACUUAAAAACGUGUCUUUUAUUUAAGAAAUAUAUACAAAUAAUAAUAUGUAUUCAUAAAUAUAGUCCUAUAUUGGUCUUUAUCCUCAAAUAGUUUAUUUCAAACACCCGUACCACAAUGGUCUCAACGUGACACUUCCUUGUUUUUCGAAAAGUUUUAUUUGGUAGUAACGUUAGUUGGCUAUCUAUGGCUAGCACAAUUUGACAUGGAUCCAGUUGGAAUAUGAGAUGAGGUGCAUUGAUUAACAUUUCUUCAACGUUAAGGUUUAGCUUAGGUUGUCCAUGGCUGUAAAUAUAAGCUAGCUAUAUUGAGAAGUUGAAACUAGUAACGUUGGGGGAAGAUGUUAUCCGCGGCCAACGAAGAUUUCAGGGUGAAGUUUCCACUACAUUCCUUAGUCUGGGAAAAUGAUUACAGGAAAUUGGAAAACGACUCCACAAAGAACGACGUCGAGGCUGUGGAUCCCAGGGGAAGGACACCGCUCCACCUGGCUGUGUCACUGGGCCACCUGGAGUCGGUGAGAGUGCUUCUGAGACAUGGCGCUGAAGUUACCAAAGAGAAUGCCAAGAAUUGGACAGUGCUGCAGGAGGCGGUCAGCACCGGCGACCCAGAGAUGGUGCAGCUAGUGCUCCAGCGGAGAGACUACCUCAAAGCCUCUACAGCCCUGGGAGGAGUGCCUGAGCUUCUGAGCAAGAUCCGUGAGUCCGCGGAUUUCUACAUGGAAAUGAAAUGGGAGUUCACAAGUUGGGUCCCUCUCGUGUCCCGGGUUUGUCCCGGCGAUGUGUGUCGGAUUUGGAAGAGUGGGGCCAGCCUGCGCGUGGAUGCCACUCUGCUAGGCUUCGAGAACAUGACCUGGAUCAGAGGUCGUCGGAGUUUCAUUUUCAGAGGAGAUGAUACCUGCACCGAGUUCAUGGAGGUGAACCAUGACGAAGAGGUGGUGGACACGGAGCGCUUUGACAUCUCCAGGGAGAUAGAAGACGUAACGCUGGACUCCAUGCAACCUGCAGAACAGGAAGUGGCCAAGCGGCUGACCACGCCCAUUGUUAAUACCUUUCUGGACACCAGGGACAUUGCUUUUGAGAGAAAUAAAUCUGGGAUUUUGGGUUGGAGGAGUGACAAAACGGAAGUUGUCAAUGGUUUCGAGGCUAAGGUUUUCACUGUGAACAAUGUAAACGUGGUGAUCCGGACAAGGACAGAGCAUCUCACCGAUGAGGAGAAGGCUAGAAUAAAAAGUGAGAGGAAUGUUCUGGAGUAUCUUCUGGGCACUGUGGAGCAGCAGAUAAGUGCUCAAGGGGACCUCACUCUGGAGUAUGCGACAGCCACCAACCCCACCGCCAUCACACCACAGGAGUACUUUGACCCUGCGUUUGACCUUGAAGACCGAGACAUUGGCCGGCCCAUUGAACUUACCGUCCGAACCCAGAAGUUCAAGGGUACAUUGUGGAUGAGCGAGGAACACCCUCUCUCCCUGGUGGAGCAGGUCACCCCCAUCAUCGAUCUCAUGGCCCGGACCAGCACCCACUUCGCCCGGCUGCGGGAUUUUGUCACCCUCAAGUUCCCUCCAGGGUUCCCUGUAAAAAUAGAGAUUCCCCUAUUCCAUGUGCUCAACGCCCGCAUUUCAUUUGGCAGUGUCAACAAAUGCAGUACGGGCGACCACUCCACUGCCACACCCGAGGAGGGCAGCUGUGGGGAAGCUGCAGUUCCCCCUCUAUUCCAGGUGUGCCCCUCGGUGUUCGAGGUGCCCUCACACUACCGCCACCGAGGAGGGGGUGGCAGCCGCCACACGGCGGUGUCAAAUCACGACGAGGAGCUACUGCAGUAUGCCAUCCACCAGAGUCUGCUGGAGUCCGGUGGUGGAGCCCUGGGACAGGAAGUGACAUGGGAGGAUGCCAAUGGUGACCUCACGGACCCCAUAUUCAGUAGCCAGAGUGACGGAAGCAUCCCAGAGGGGGUGCUGGUGGACUUGGGAGACACCACGUCGAGUCAGGCGAGCUCGGGCACCUCGGCCUCAAGCCCCGAUGCGGACCUCCGCAUGGCCAUGGAGCUGUCGGCCCGGGCCCAGGCCGAGGAUGAGGGAAGGAGGAGGAAGAAGGAAGAGGAGGAGCUGGAGAGGAUAUUGCAGCUCUCGCUCACAGAGAAGUAAAAAGAGGAAAAUAUGAGGGAAAAUAAUAUUAAGGCCAUGCCUUGCCAUAACUGCAUUAACUUUUCGUAGAUCAAGAAGCGGCCACCACCACACCCCCAAUCCAGCCCCACCCCACCCCCUCCUCCUUCACUACAAUCUGCCAUGACACCGGCAAAACAUCCAUGUAACAUAUGUCAUAAACAAAACCUAUUUUUGGUUUUAAAAAACUAACAUGUAUAUUGCUAUAUUUGUAUUUCUAUAUAACACUGAGGCUCUGUCUUAAAAGUGUAGAAGCUGUCAAAAUUCCUCCCGUCCCUUUUAAAACAGAGCCAUAGCCACUCUACUCUCCCAAAGAGGUAUCCAGGUAUUCUUUGAGAUUAUUUUGGGAAGGAUUUUCAUUGCACUGGAGUGUAAGGGUUGCAACCUGUGAUUGUUUUUGUUGGGUGUUGCCAAGAUCAGGUUAAACCUGUGACUGGUAGCUGCUUUAGUUGUGGCUCUGGAAGGUUGUUGUUUUAGAGCCCUGGGUCAGGUUCAUUAGGCACCAAAUGGAAAGGAGCGGAAUGAAACCGGGAGGGACUACCUGCACAUUUUCAGUUUCCUGUUGCAAAAGGUUUAAAACAUAUUUUUGUAUUAUUAACAUGACCCUGGAAAUAGCACUCCAGUCACACAGCUAUUCAAAAUAUUUAAUAUCUCAGGGUUCCAUUGUUCUACAGUAUCUCUGAAACUAGUGAAAGUGCAGUAUAUUAGUUUAUUGUAGACACAUCAAACAUGGUUUUCUGGUCAACAAUAUGGCAUUUUUGCACUUUGAACAGAAUGUCAUCAAACAAUAUAUCUUGCUGGUGCUUCCGACCCUUUUUUCUUGCGCUGCAAGAAUUCAUGUUUUGGAUUUGUUGUCAUUGAUGCAAUGUUAAAAUGAAAGUGAACAUGAUCAUUCAAACAAGUUUUUGACUUGCCCCAGAAACCAGGUUUUAUUCAAUUGGGCUAAGGGCUUGUUAUUUAAGAGUGCUUGAUCUUGUUGGCCAUGGUCACUGGGCAUCAUCAAGCAUCAGCACCUCAACAACGCAAUAGCAGAAGCCGCUGUGCCUACCUGUGGAUGACCAAGGAACAUACACACGGUUCAGUGGUGCUCGCAAAUAAACAAGGUCGAAACAUGGAUUAUUGUAGGCUAUCCAUUGUCAAACACUUUUUCCUUUCUUAAAUGUCAAAGAAUAUGGCCGUUAGACCUCAAACACAACAGGGUUCUAAGGUAUUUUAUAAAUCUUGAAACUACAGAUAGACCUGUGAACUGAGUGAUGUGUGAGAGAUCUGAGAUGAACAUGGAUGCAAGCUCCGUGUAGCAUCAUUUUGUACUGAAGGGAGCGUUCCCCUCUAACAUUCCCAAUCCCAAAUGGAGCCUACCUAUGCUCUUAUGCAGAUCUGAGAGGAUUUGAAAGGUGUACGCAAUAUGGUAAUAAGUGUAACUUGCCCUCCUAGGGGAAUGUAUUAAAAUCAUAUUGCUAAUUAGAUCUCCACAAGUGCAUAGUAGGGUCUAGAUUCCAUUUGGGCCACAGACAUGAUUGGUCUGGGGGUGAGGGAUCAGUGUUAUACUGCUACUCAGGCCAGACCUACUAAAGACACCAGAGAACAUUUGAAAUGUCUCAUCUUUAAAGCUGUGAUCCAGGGGCUUAAAAAAAUGUUUCCCAUCCAGUGGUGUUGCUGGACAUAAAAUGAAUUAAGCAAUGUAGUUAAUUACACUGAUAACCAACAGCACUUUGGACAUGGUUCUGAUGCAUCGCUUUGUCUGUUUUCUGGGGGCUAGAGCUCAAAACGGCUAAUGAUCAAGUUGCCAAACAGCAGAACAUUCUCUAAUGUAGCAGAGUUCACUUUGUUUCGAUUUCUGGGGAACAGUCUUUGUACUGCUUUAUUUGCUAGUAGGUAAGCUUAUUUUCUUAACAGAAUUCAAGAAAGCAUUUGUAAACUGUGAUGUUGGUUUCAAAUUGUUUUCUUUCUUAAAUAAAUGCACUUUAUUUCAA